AUGGCCAUUGGCGCCAUAAUUUCUCUACUGCUCGCCCCCAAGUUGUCUAGCGCCUCCCUCGAUGCGUCAAUAACCGAAGCGGAAGUCGGCGCAGACUUCCUGCCAGCAGACAAUGCGGCUCAGUUUUCAUACGAACCGGACUUUGAGUUGUUCGACCGUAGCGUCAUCGGCCGGGCUCCAUCAGAAUCAUUCCUGAUAGAGCUAGAUGAGCCUCAGAGUUUCAACCUCUCUCCGGGCUCGACGCGCUGCUAUGUUCUGUCGUCCACAGGCGCUGCCAGCAGGAGAAGAAACGCCCAGUCUUCCAACACAAGCCAGACCGACAGUUUCGAUGGUCCAAUCGAAGUAGAGGCCAGAGAAAAGAGCCCACGUCAGACUUCUAAAAGCCAACUUUACCUGUCUGCGACGACAUGUCUCCGGCCGGACUUUGUGGGAGAUAGCACGAAUGCAAAAACCGCGCCGCAGCUCCGACUAUUGGCAUCUGUAUCUCAGGAGGACGGAUGUCCGAUCACCACAAAUGGCAUGGAUGAAGAAAUGUGGGCGGAAUUUGACGAAGGACUCGCAACAUUGUCCGUCGGUGCCCAGGACGAUCCGGUCUAUGUGACUAUACUCGCACCGAAUGUAUCCGAUGAUUUCGAGGGCAACUACAACUUCGAGGUUGCUAUAUCAGAAGAUGGUUAUUACCACGACUGGCAAGCCGACAACGAAAGAGGGCAGGGUCAGCUCAUGUGGAUGGACAGUGAUUCGAGUGCUGCGCUGCUGCAAACCCAAGAGUUUGAAUAUUCGCCAAAGAAUCGGCUGGAAUCUAUGGUGACGAAUCCCCCCUUUGAGCUCUACGUUGAAAACAUGCGCUGGCCGGUGUUCAACGGGAUCGAGCGCUCAUUGUGCGGCAUCCGGCAGAAUGCUCUCAUCUCGGCCACCAAUGACGGAGAUGGUCGACUGGGCAUGCUUGUCAGAACGAACACGUCCAUCCGUGGAGAGGACAAGCUACCACGGCAACAUUUCUACUUUGAGGGUCUGAAUGAGACGUCGACGUAUCGCGCAAUCCUGGUGCAGGUGGCGAACACGCAGGAGGACCAGCACUUUAGUAAGCGCCAGACACCAGUUGAGGGUACGGGGAAUACGCGGAGGUUCUUGGCAUUUGAUCCCGCCGACUUCGCUACACUGAGUGGCACAAUAUGCAAGGUGGUCACUGACUUGGAUUUCUGCACCGAGAACCAACACGCUGUUCCCGGGAAUGGGGUACUCAAUGGUACCGAGCUGGCCCAAGUGUACGAUGAUUACGCUCGGAAGAUGUAUGGCCACUUCGAGACGGUCUUGGCACAGGAACAGUGCGAGACAGAUCCAACCUCACAAUAUUCACUCGCCAGGAACUGCGAUGAUUGCAGAACAGCUUACAAGCGCUGGCUGUGCACAGUAGCCAUACCACGUUGUGAGGACUACUCCAGUGGGAACAGAUAUGCCAUUCCUCGCAACGUGGGCGCAGCGUUCCCGAAUGGGUCGUUUGUUCCCGACGAGGAGGGUGGCAAGUCGCGUCGCCAGUUGAUGGACAUUCACGGGUACAACGCAUCGAGGAAUAGCUUCAUCGACAAGGAAAUCGGGCCAGGGCCGUACAAGGAGAUCCUGCCCUGCGCGGAGAUCUGCUACGAAGUGGUGCAGAGCUGCCCCCAUUCCAUGGGGUUUGGGUGCCCAUUGCCAGGCAUGACGGGAUUCGAGUACAGCUACGGGGAGAAGUCGAUGUCCGGUGCAUUGUCCUGCAACUAUCCUGGGACGCCGCGAUCUCGUCCGAAUGCUGCGGGCACUAUUCUGCCUCAGAGCGCUCUACAUGGGCUGCUAUCAGCGACUGCCUUAUUACUAUUGCUGCUAUGA